CAGUAGCCCUUGAACGCGUCGUCUGUAGAUGAUUGACCCCAGCAACAGCAACGCGCUCUCAGACUCGGAUUACGGCGAUCUACAACAAAUAUCCUCACAAUGAUGAUCCCUCAGUUGUCCAACACUUCGGUGUGUAUGAAAGACCCGGACAGAGUGCGGGACAUUCUCGUGUCUAUGCAGAAGGCAGGCUCCAACACACUCCAGGUGAUCUCAGACUUUGACAUGACUCUAACCAGAUUUGCAUUCAAUGGAAAACGGUGUCCUACUUGUCACAAUAUACUUGACAAUAGCAGACUCAUCAGUGAUGAAUGUAAACUACAGUUAAAAGAACUACUGAACACCUACUACCCCAUAGAGAUUGACUGCUCUCGGUCAGUAGAGGAGAAGCUACCUCUUAUGGUGGAGUGGUGGACAAAAGCUCAUGAACUCUUAAUUGAGCAAAAAAUAAAGAAAGAUGCUCUUGCCUUAGUGGUGCGGGAGUCUGAUGCAAGGCUUAGGGAUGGAUACAAAUUUUUCUUUGACCACCUGCACGAGCACAGCAUCCCCCUGCUCAUCUUCUCGGCCGGGAUAGGAGAUGUUUUAGAGGAAGUGAUUCGGCAGGCUGGAGUCUUCCACUCCAACGUCAACGUAUUCUCCAAUUAUAUGGACUUUGACGAACUUGGAGUGUUGCAGGCAUUCAAAGGAGAGCUGAUCCACAUCUACAACAAAAGAGAGGGGGCGCUAUUGAACACGGGACACUUCAGGGAGCUGAGAGCACGACCAAAUGUGCUGCUGCUUGGAGACUCUCUGGGAGACCUGAACAUGGCUGAUGGGGUCCAGGACAUGGAGAACAUCCUCAAGGUCGGAUUUCUCAAUGACAAGGUAGAGGAGAGGAGGCAGACAUACUUGGACUCUUAUGACAUUGUCUUGAUAAAGGAUGAAACAUUAGACGUCCCCAAUGCCAUUAUCCGCUUCCUCACCGGGCAACAGUGAAGACAACAUCCCUGUUUAUCCCUGGAAUUCUUUGGGUACAUUUACCUCCAUUGCAGACCUGUUCUGAAUAUUGUUAUGGUUUUAAAUUGUUAUUUUACAAAUUCUUAUAAACGCACAAACCAGAAAAAGCUACUCCUACUCAUUACCAUGGCCUUUUUUGCUGUAAAAGAAGACCGAAGAGGUCAUAGAAUACUUGUAGAACUUGGUACUAAUGUGGUUAAAAUGUUUUGUUUACAUUUUAAAAACAGAUUAUUUGGUUAAAUAGUUUUCAUAAAAGGGAAUAGUAACACACAGCAAAAGAGACGGUAACUGACUUUCUGUGAGAGUUUCAACUUUUACAAUAAAAUGUUCUUUUAUCAA